AACUGUCAUCAACUGGAACACCUCGGUGCGUCGUAAGAAAAGAUGAACUUGAAGUCUACAUUGACCAUUUCUCAAUUUGUGAAAUGUUCAUGGUCAUUUCCGACUACCUCAUUGGGAAACGUGUGGCUUCAACACCCUACCUUCCAAAAUCAAUGAGUCGCCUCCUACCGCAAUACUGCCAUCUACGUCUGUAUAAUGAUACUCCUGGUCUUGAGGAUCUCAUCGAAACCGAGGAAGAAAAGCUCAAUUUUCGCAAGAUGGCUCCGACAAAGGAAAUGUUUGUGCUUUGGGAAAAAGGCGAACUGAAGAUCAGAUGCGAGAUCGACGGCGGUCAUGUCACAGAGAACGAAAAGACCGUAUCGCUAGAUGAUAUCUAUAGAUUGGACCGAAACGUUGUCAGUUUCUUAGUGAAAGCGACCGGCGAUGCCGAUGUAUAUUUCAAGUUCAACUUUCAUCCUCAUUGUGACGAGGGACAUGCCUUUAAUGCGAAAUUCUAUGAUGGUGAUUUACCUCCUAACCUGCUGCCAGCUGCCCCAGCAAAGUUGGACGACAUACUUCUUUACGAUAUCGCCGAAGAAAUCGAGACUGAUGAACACCUUGACAGGUUGAUGCAAACUCUGGAAGUCUCACAGGGGUCACAGUCACGUUGUCAUGAGCUCAACAGGUUGCCUUACGGUUAG